CCCCGUGUCGUUCUGAGCAGCUCACCCGCUGCAGCACCGCCUGUGGCUUUUGACCCCUUACCAGCUGCACCAGCAGCCGCGGGGGAGCAGGGACAGUCAACCCAUGUUUUGUACGUCGUGUGUGUUGUGUAUCCUCGUCCCCUCAGUCAGCUAGAGGCAAGAAAACGGUAAUAAGAAAAGCGUAAGGGACAGAAAGUACCUCUACAGCCCUGGCUGUUAAAAAUGUGUGUGUCCGAGCCAAAUCCCCGUGGUUCAAGGAUCACCUGUACCAUGACGGUGCCUGUCCCAGCCCCGUGGCCUCCCGACGCCCGACGUGGCGGUUUGCGGCUCUCAUGGCUGCAGCCAGCGUGACCCCUCCCGGCUCCCUAGACUUGUUGCAACCUGGCUUCUCGAAGACCCUCCUGGGGACCAAGCUGGAGGACAAGUACCUGUGCUCGGCCUGCAGGAACAUCCUGCGUAGGCCUUUCCAGGCGCAGUGUGGCCACCGCUACUGCUCCUACUGUCUGACCAGCAUCCUGAGCUCCGGGCCUCAGAACUGUGCUGCCUGCGUUCACGAGGGCAUUUAUGAAGAAGGCAUUUCCAUUUUGGAAAGCGGUUCGGCUUUCCCAGACAACGCUGCACGCAGGGAGGUGGAGAGCCUGCCGGCCGUUUGUCCCAGCGACGGCUGCACCUGGAAGGGGACUCUUAAAGAGUAUGAGAGCUGCCAUGAAGGACACUGCCCGUUCAUGCUGACCGAGUGCUCGGCAUGCAAAGGCCUGGUUCGCCUCGGGGAGAAGGAGCAUCACUCGGAGCACGAGUGCCCGGAGAGAAGCCUCAGCUGCAGGCACUGCCGGGCGCCCUGCUGCUGGGCAGACAUGAAGGCCCACCACGAGAUCUGCCCCAAGUUCCCCUUGACUUGCGAUGGCUGUGGCAAGAAGAAGAUCUCACGGGAGAAACUCUUCCUGCUGCAGGGCAUGGUGGUAGGUGCUGCCCCCCCAGACGCAGCCCCACCGCUCCCCACGCCAGUCCUUGAUUGUGUGCUGGCGGCCUGUCUCUGGCUCCUUCUGCUCUUGCGGAACGCGCGGUCAGGCUGCUGCGUCUUGGCGGUCCUGGGAGGCAGUCUCUCGGUGUUCCAGGACCACGUCAGGGCAUGCGGCAAGUGCCGAGUCCCGUGCAGGUUCCACGUCGUCGGCUGCCCCGAGAUGGUGGAGAGCGAGAAGCAGCAGCAGCACGAGGCCCAGUGGCUCCGAGAGCACUUGGCCAUGCUGCUGGGCGGCCUCCUGGAGGCCAAGCACCUCUCAGGAGCAGGUGGCCACUUCCUGGGCCAGAGCGAGGUGGGGGGCUGGGAGGCCAGCACACUGUACCCCGAGCUGGAGCUCUCCAAGGCCGCGGAGCUGCGGCAGCGGUGUGAGGCCCUGGAGAGGAAGACGGCCACCUUCGAGAACAUUGUCUGCGUCCUGAACCGGGAGGUGGAGAGGGUGGCCGUGACCGCUGAGGCCUGCGGCCGGCAGCACCGGCUGGACCAGGACAGGAUCGGGGCCCUGAGUAACAAGGUGCAGCAGCUGGAGAGGAGCAUCGGUCUGAAGGACCUGGCGAUGGCCGAGCUGGAGCAGAAGGUCCACGAGAUGCAGGCGACCACCUUCGAUGGCGUGUUCGUCUGGAAGAUCUCCGACUUCGCCAGGAAGCGUCAGGAAGCCGUGGCCGGCCGCACGCCCGCCAUCUUCUCCCCAGCCUUCUACACAAGCAGGUAUGGUUACAAGAUGUGUCUGCGCAUCUACCUGAACGGAGACGGCACCGGGCGCGGGACACACCUCUCUCUCUUCUUUGUGGUGAUGAAGGGCCCCAACGACGCCCUCCUGCGGUGGCCCUUCAACCAAAAGGUGACCCUGAUGCUGCUUGACCAGAACGGCCGGGAGCACGUGAUCGACGCCUUCAGACCCGACGUGACCUCGUCCUCUUUCCAGAGGCCCGUCAGUGACAUGAACAUCGCCAGCGGCUGCCCGCUCUUCUGCCCCGUCUCCAAGAUGGAGGCCAAGAAUUCGUACGUGCGUGAUGACGCCAUCUUCAUCAAGGCCAUUGUGGACCUGACGGGGCUCUAGCCGCCUCCCACCAGGGUCAGGGGUCGGGGGUCAGGAAUAGCUGGGCCUGACGGCUUGGUGAGGGGCCACCACCCUGGGCCUGAGCCUCGUGGUGGGUGGGCACCUGCCACGUUUGUGUCCUGCUGGGAAGGGGCCACCUCCUGGGAGAGGCCGCUCAGCCCGGGCCACGUGGGGUGGGCUGCAGGCCCGUCAGUAUCUGCCGGCGGGCCGUCCGUGCGGGCGCUCGGGGCAAGGUGAGCAGAGGGGCAGGGUGAGCUGGUACCUUGGGCCGCCCUUUGGCCUGGACAGGAGGGACGUUCUCCGGCCUGGCCACUGCUCUGAGGAGAGGUCCUGCUGUGCAGGCCCGGCCAGGCCACGGGCAGGGAGGGCACUCUGUGUCCUCGGGACAUCCUGUCGGCUGCCCCCGUGGCGAGUGUGGGGUGCACAGUGGGCCCUGCUGCAAGACGGGGUGGGUUAGCUGCCCCGUCGGGCUGUGGAGAAGUCGUUAUUAAACUGUUAAAUCUCUG